UAUUUCCAAGUUGGCCUCGCUUUAAAAGAACUUCAAGUACAUAUCACCAUAUCAGAAUCAGCAACCAAUGGCAAGGCUACUUUCUUCUUCUUCUUCAGUAGUUAUAUUUUUCAUACAUUUUCAAAUUCUCCUCAUCACCCAAGCCAUUGCUCAGCCAGACUUCCUGUAUCACUUUUGUGAAAACCACAAAGGCAAUUACCCCAGAAAUAGUACCUAUGAAUCCAACCUAAACCACCUCCUGUCAAUCCUUCCCUCGCAGGGCGGAAAUGGCUACGGCUUUUAUUAUCUCCCAUACGGCAAUUCUUCCAACCAAGUUUACGCAAUCGGGCUGUGCCGAGGAGAUGCUAAUCCCGACGUUUGCGUCAGUUGCCUCAACAACGCCACGCAGCGUCUCCCACAGAAUUGCCCCAAUCAGAAGGAGGCGGUCGGAUGGUAUGACUACUGCAUGUUGCGCUAUUCCAACCGCUCCAUGUUCGGCGUUAUGGAGACUUCUCUAAAAGUCUAUCUCUGGAACACCCAAAAUGUGUCUUCCAAUGUGGAUGAAUUUUUCUCCGACCUCAGGACCUUAUUGGAUGGUCUAAAAAACCGAGCCGCCUCUGGCAGCUCUCUUCGCAAGUUUGCGACAGGGAAUGCGAGUGCUCCAGAUUUUCAGACCUUAUAUGCGCUCGUUCAGUGCACGCCCGACUUGUCGAAGCAAGACUGCAACAAUUGCUUGGAUGACGCGUUUGACGAUAUUCCAACAUGUUGCGAUAACAAGAUAGGGGGAAGAGUCAUUGGCACCAAUUGUAACUUUAGGUAUGAGAUUAGGCUCUUUUAUAACCAGACAGAUGAUGCACCACUUGCUUCAUCUCCACCUCCGUCUACUAACGCAACCACAACUACAGGAGGAAACGAGAGUAACACGUCUAGAACGACUGUUAUUAUUGCUGUUGUUUCGAGUGCCGCUGUAGCUCUGGUGCUCAUAAUCUCCGUCUGCGUGUUUUUGAAAAAAAGGGGGGCAAGGAAAAUCGAUCAAACUCACCCCGUGAACGAACCUGUGGAAGAAAUCGAAAGUGUGGAAUCCUUGCAAUACAGUUUCGAAACUACUAGAGUUGCGACAGAUAAUUUUUCAGAGGCAAAUAAGCUUGGACAGGGCGGAUUUGGCUCUGUUUAUAGGGGAAAGCUUCCCAAUGGACAAGACAUAGCUGUGAAAAGAUUGUCUAGGAAUUCAAAUCAAGGAGAUUUGGAAUUCAAGAAUGAGGUUUUACUAGUUGCAAAGCUUCAACACCGUAAUCUAGUAAGGCUCCUCGGUUUCUGCUUGGAGGGAAGUGAAAGGCUUCUUGUGUAUGAGUUUGUUCCAAAUGCAAGUCUCGAUCAUUUCAUAUUUGAUCCAAGCAAGCGUGCAAACUUAGAUUGGGAGAGGCGCUACAAAAUUAUAGGAGGCAUUGCUCGAGGGCUCCUUUACCUUCACGAAGAUUCACGUCUAAGAGUUAUCCACCGAGAUCUCAAGGCUAGUAACAUUUUGUUGGAUAAAGAAAUGCACCCAAAGAUUUCGGAUUUUGGAAUGGCUAGGUUGUUUGUUGUUGAUCAAACUCAGGGCAAUACAAAUAGAAUUGUGGGAACCUAUGGAUAUAUGGCUCCAGAAUACGCAAUGCAUGGACAUUUUUCGGUCAGGACCGAUGUAUUUAGUUUUGGUGUGUUACUUUUGGAGAUAGUGAGCGGACAGAAAAAUAAUUGUUUCCGUCAUGGAGAACAUGUUGAAGACCUCUUAAGCUAUGCGUGGAGAAACUGGAGGGAUAGGACUGCAUCAAAUAUCAUAGACCCAUUAGUGAGGGUUAAUUCAGUAUCUGAAAUAAUGAGAUACAUCCAUAUCGGACUGUUGUGUGUCCAAGAAAAUGUAGCUCAUAGGCCAACAAUGAAUACAGUUGUUCUUAUGCUAAACAGCAAUUCUCUGUCACUCCCGGUGCCCACAGAACCAGCUUUCUUUAUGAAUAGCAACAUUGGAUCCGAUAUGGCAUUGGCAUCUGAAUUCAAUUCAAGGACCACGGAAUCGGAUCAUUCGGAAAGCAAGUCUGUUAAUCAAGCAUCUGCAAAUGAAGCUUCAAUUUCUGAACUCUACCCUCGCUAGUGAGGAAAAUUACUAGUUCAUAUACCAUGGUUAAUUGACGAAGUAAAUGCAUAGAAUUCUUCGUUUCACACUGCAAUGUAACGUGUUUUUAUAAAGGAAAUAAUUUCUUCCGGUUCUUCCCAAGAAUCGUCAACCUUCCAUGUUCAAUUAUCAAUUGUUUAUAUAUGUCUCAUAUGUAUCUAAUCCUAAAACCGAUAUGGAGAUAUCACUACUUACGAUUAUAAAGAGCGAAACAA